CACCCGUAGUUUCGUGCUAUCAAUGCGGAAGCAGCUAUGAAUGAACACAGUGCUAACCGCUGGUAGUGUGUAUAUUGUGAAUUACGCCCACAUAUACACCACGCAACUCAUUGACACGUAGCUUUAUAAUAUUUUGAUUCACAGCGCUUCCACCUGAAAUGGGAUACCAUGACUUUUACUGCUCUUUUUAAUUUAAUUAAACAGAGUAGAAAGCGUUAUAUUGGUUGCUAGCUAGCAAGUCAUCUCUGUAGCCUAACUUCCUAAAGUGUCCGUCGGCCAAACCAUGAAGGUCCGCUCGUCUGUUUUUGCCUCCUUUAUUUUAAUAUUCGAAGUGAUUGGCAUUGCCCUUUUCCUGCGGGGAUUUUUCCCCGUACCUGUCAAGUCUUCUUUCUCAUCCAAAAGCAAGCUGUCAGAUCUGCCAGCCGAGCCGCUGACAGGAAGCGCUCCUAAUUCAUCUCGCCUCCCGCAGCCCCUGUUUAAAAGGGUGGUUAUUAUGUUAGUGGAUGCCCUCCGAGAGGACUUUGUGUUUGGACCCAAUGGUCGUAUGUAUAUGCCCUACACAAGGCACGUGGUGGAAAGAGGCUCAUCACACAGCUUUGUGGCCAAGGCGAGACCACCUACAGUCACUAUGCCCAGGAUCAAGGCUCUUACCACUGGCAGUAUCCCAGGCUUCAUUGAUGUGGUAAUGAACCUAAAUUCUCCUGCACUGUUGGAAGACAACCUCAUUUGGCAAGCCAAAACUGCAGGGAAGAGGAUAGUAUUCUACGGGGAUGACACCUGGGUGCGCCUUUUCCCAAAACACUUCAUGGAAUAUGAUGGCACAACUUCCUUUUUCGUGUCUGACUACACUGAGGUUGACAACAAUGUAACCCGUCACUUGGACAGCACCUUAAAGAGAGAUGACUGGGACAUUUUAAUCCUCCACUACCUAGGCCUGGACCACAUUGGUCAUAUGAGUGGACCGUAUAGCUCACUCAUCCAACCCAAACUGAUGGAGAUGGACGACAUCCUGAAGAAGAUCCAUAGUGCUCUCAUUUCAAAGGAAGUCGAGGGAUCCUUGCCUUACCUGCUGGUGUUGUGUGGAGACCACGGCAUGUCGGAGACCGGCAGCCACGGGGGCUCUUCGGAGCCGGAAGUCAGUACACCUUUGGUUCUCAUAAGUCCAGCCUUCAAAAGAAAAGCGGGAAUGGAGAAACCAGGAGUGGUGGAGCAGGUUGACCUAACCCCAACCCUGGCCUUAGGCCUUGGCCUGCCCAUAUCUCAGAACAGCGUUGGCCGCGUGAUCCAGAGUGUCUUGGAGGAAACCUCACUGCGAGACCAGCUGCGCUUCCUGCAUCUCAAUGGCCACCAGCUCAGCUGCUUGCUCAAAGACAGCAUAUCCGACUAUGAGAAAGAGGUGGGGUUUGAGCAGUUUCGUGUGGCAGAAAAGGCUCACGGGAACUGGAUGAAGCUUUACCUGGAAGGAAACACCUCCGAGGUGCUGACCAACGUGGGAAAAAAGGUCCUGAGGCAGUAUCUGGAGGCCCUAGCUGCCAUGAGCGCUGCUCUGAGCAAACAGCUGGGCAAGUAUGACAUGUACUCCAUGAUUGCAGGCAUGGUGUUUGUCUUUCAGCUCCUGUUGGUCUUACUGCUGGCUAUGCCUGAAGCCCUCAGCAGUGCCGCAGCAGUGGACCUCCCCAUCCUCUCGGCCCUGCUCUCCCUGCCUUUUUACCUCUUGUGCCUACUUCUUGCCUCAGUGCACGUCUUGGUGUGCACAUCUGCUGGGAGCUCCUGUUACUUCUGCAGCCUCUCCUGGGGUCUCGUGUUUGCUGCCGUUGCCUUCUCCUCAGCAAUGUUUUGUAUUCUGGUCUCUAUAGCAACACGAAGACUCCCCCUGGGUGCAAAGAUUCAUGGGAAGUCUCCUCUGAGGAGCAGUGAGGUUGACUGGUCGCUGUCAGAGCUGGAUGUUUUGCUGCUGGCCGGCACCGUCGGUCACACUCUCAGCCUGGCGGCCAGCAGUUUCGUAGAGGAAGAGCACCAAACCUGGUACUUUCUGCUCAACACGCUCUGCCUCACCGUGUUCCAGGAUGUCUGCCGCAAGUACUUCAGAGAGAAGAGGGGCUCUGGAGAUGACGAAGAGCAUAUCCUCCCUUCCAAAGACCGUCAUCCCUCCGCUCACCCCAAAGCAGAGAUUUUCUCAGAGAAGUGGUUAGCGUUAGCCACGCCACCAUUCACUCUGCUCUGCUGCCGGCUACUGCGCUCCCUCAACCAAACUGGGGUGCAGUGGGCUCAUAUCCCUGACGUUGGGCAUUGGCUCAACAGCUCUGAGCACAAGGUGGUCCUCUCCCUGCUGUCCGCUUUCUGUUUGGUUCUCAUCUACUUCCUGGUUCAAAGACGGUGCUCGUGGGUCUCGAAGGUCGCCCUCGCCCUCGGGCUUUUGGGUGUGUACAGCUAUCGGGCAGCUGUCGGCAACGUCCUGUUUCCCUGGCAUCAUUCUGGUCGAACUAUGUCCAAGGGCACGGUGGAAGCUCGCUUUGUUUACGUCUUCAUUUUGGGGAUCCUCUUCUCAGGCACCAAGGACCUGUUGCGAUCCCAGAUCAUCACAGCAGAUGCCAAACUGAAGAGCAGGGGAUUAUGGGAGAUUUACAGUGGCUUGGUUUUGUUGGUUUCGCUGCUCUUCCGUGCUCACAACCUGCCAGUCCUCUGCUGCUGCCUGCUGAUCCAGACGCUCAUGGCUCAGUUUAUCUGGAAGAAACUCCACUAUGAUGCCGCCCAGACUACCAUCAUGCACUACUGGUUUGGUCAGGCCUUCUUUUACUUUCAGGGGAAUUCCAACAACAUAGCCACUGUCGACAUUUCAGUUGGAUUCGUUGGACUGGAAAGCUACAUAGAAGCACCUGCCAUCUUCUUAACAGCGCUCAGCACUUAUGCAGGCCCGCUGCUCUGGGCGUGUCACCUCGUCUGCUACCUUAGCUCGGAGAGAGACCGGAGCCCGGUUGCAGUCGGCCAUGGUUGCUACUGUUUGGCCCUGCUGAGGUCUGUGCCAGCCGCAGCCUACAUAGUGCUGGUAACUGUUCUGCGCUAUCAUCUCUUCAUAUGGAGUGUCUUUUCACCCAAAUUACUGUACGAAUCCAUGCAUCUCCUGCUGACUGCAGGAGUCUGUCUCUUCUUCAUCACCAUGGAACAAAGCCCCAGCUCAAGUAAGUCUUGGGAAGCCAAAGACUGAAAAUCCCCCCUAAAGGAUCAGACUUGGUCUUAUACUGUGUGGGACUUUCAGCCUGAUCCACGCUACAGUGUACUCACCUUCACUCUCUAAGUUAAUUCUGUUCACAUUAUGUGAAUAGAUGUUUGUGAACUCUGUUGCAAAAAAUACUUCGGGGAUGCACUUUUAAUGUAUUUUUGAGAAGCAUAUUUAAAUAUUUAAUUCUUUUCCAAAAAGAAAAGUGUUGAAGAGGAUAAAUAAAAAUGAGAUCAUGUAAAGAUUUUAGAGGCUUUUUUUUUUUUUACAUACCUCAGGGAUGAGUGUACAGUGAGCAGCAACGGCCGCUUUGACUCCAUGAUUAAUUGAAUGACUUUGAUGUUACACUGGAGAGCUUGAUGUGAAUGUGCUGUGAGCAUUUGAUAAUACUUGUUUUAGUCUCGACUUGCACCCUCAUAGUUGUUUUCACUUAUUCAUGCUGAGCGUUAUAGUGGUGAAAAUGUACAGACUAAUGCUGAGAAAUAUGCGAUGUCACUAAAGUGAAAAAGAUCUUACUUAACGGUAGUUUGAGCACACGCGCAAAUACUAAUGAUUAUGACUCAGUUCCAUUUAGCUGCUUCAGUUUCAGUCACGGGACCUGAUUUUUCUUUCUGAAAAUCUUGUGAAUGCGAUAACUUGAGAACAAAGCAACGUAGAUUUUGAUUUGAUACUAUAGGCGUGUUUUCUAGGAGGCUGGCAGUUGUCCGAAUUGUUCGCCUCUAUGGUAGAGAUCAAAUACUGGAAAUACCUCCUUAGAUAUUUUGCCAUCUGUGUUCUUACCACGUUGUUUCAUGCAGGCUAUAUGAAUGUGAAUAACCAACCUUUUUACUAGAUGGAGUUUAAAACUAUAUACCACAACAAUCACAACAAUAAAAUGAUUAGAUUAAUAAUAAAACUUAUUCCUGCUGAAGAAUCAAUUUGCUUUUCCUUUAUUAAGUCUUUGAUCAUCUCUUAAGUAAAACUAAAUAAGAUGGACUUUAUUUAUUCCAAAAGUUAGAAAGUUACUGUGAAAAACAUGAAACCAACCUAGCUGUUUUUUAUAUUGGUGACUAAAUUUUUUGUAUAUAGCGCCAAAUCACAACAAUAGUUACCUUGAGGCACUUUAUAUUGUAAAGUAAAGACCCUACAAUAAUCCAGAGAAAACCCCAACAUUCAGCUGACC